CCGACCACCAUGUCUCGUUUUCUCUGCAGUUCAUCAAUCCUUCUGAUGCUGCUGCCGUGGCAGCUGCUCCUACCGGCUGCCGAGACCCGAACUUUGCCGAGUCCCACGAGCCGGUGGGCGCUACAGCUGCAGCAGGCUCUCCCCAAGGGGCCGGUCGUGCCGUCGGGUCCGUCCGCCUGCACCCACAACCCCGACUACAUCGGGGCGCGCAAGUGCCCGGUGAAGCUGAGCCGGGCCGAGGCAGGCGCCUCUCUCGACGCCACGCACCUGAAGGCUACCCCACCUCCGCCGUCGUAGCAGGAGAGUGCAGUAUCGGGUGCAACUCAUCUGCGGACGGCAAAGCUGUUUGUGUUAUUGCCGGGGGUCGGAAGGAUGAUGUGGUCAGCUUAGUCCAUUCUUUACACUUCUUUUCAUAUAUUUGUUUUAUUUGUAUUAUUUUGGUGGGGAUGGGUUUUACUUUGUUCAUAUGAUCGGCCAAUUUAUCUAUACAGGUUAUGUAUUCGUGAUGGAGAUUUUAGAAGCGCCGAGAAAACAUCCAUCAGCUGAUCAUUUCUUUUUGUUUCUGUAAAAGACAUAUAAUGAAAGUAAACUCAUUGAGAAUGACCGUCCGAUAUAAUGAAACCAUGCAAAGCGAAUCCUUUAGCUACGCUACUCGUAAGAGCUGCACACGAGGAGGAGAGAGAGAGAGAGAGAAAGGAAGGAGGUAAAACGAGAAGGAUGUAAAGGAGAGGCAUCGAAUUCGAUUCCUCCCCUUUGCUCCACUCUUUCUGCGCUGCAGUCCACUGGCACAAGCAUCAUUCCAUGGAUUCCUCACCUUUCCUCUUGUGAGGUAGCUCCCCCCCCUCCCCUCUCCCAAGCCUCCCUUCUCCUGCGCAGCUCUGAGGAGUUGCCCCUCUCCCUCCACCAAUUCAUGCCUGCCUGCCUGCCUGCCGUGCUCUGCAAUCCAUGUCGGGUUCAGAGAGCACGACCGGUAACCAUCUGCCCCAGCUGCGAUCCAUUCGAAUACCUGGUGAUGGUAGAUGCUUGUUCAGAUCUGUGGUUCAUGGUGCUUGCCUGAGAGCAGGGAAACCAAGUCCAAGUGAAAGUAUUCAGAAAGAACUUGCAGAUGAGCUGAGAUCAAAAGUGGCAGAUGAAUUCAUCAGGAGAAGAACAGAUACAGAGUGGUUUCUUGAAGGUGACUUUGAUACAUAUGUGAAGCAGAUCAGAAAGCCUCAAGCAUGGGGUGGUGAGCCUGAGCUGCUCAUGUGUUCUCAUGUUCUUAGGAUGCCAAUCACUGUUUACAUGUCUACCGACAGCUCCGAUGGCCUCAAGAUAAUAGCAGAGUAUGGUCAAGAGUAUGGAAAGGAGAAUCCAAUUAGAGUUCUCUAUCAUGGAUAUGGACACUAUGACGCAUUGCAAAUGCCUCUCACCAAAACAAAGUCAAAAUGGUACAUGAAAAGUUGAAGCAUUGCAUAGAAAACAAGAUCCACAAGGUUUCAGAUUACUUGAUGUUCUUACAUGAAGAAUCAUUUUAGAGCUAAGAAACGUAUCAUCUUAACCUCAAGAAAUCAACUGUCAACAACAUCAAAUGUCAACCAUCCUCCUUGGGUGUAUGAUGACACAGCUUAUUGAGUUCCAAGUCCAUGAUAUCAUGAUCAUCAAUUCAUAGUAUAUGUUCAUCAUCAAGUAUAAAUGAGUUGACACCUCUGAUGCAUAUGUGUUCCUGUUCCCUUAAUACAUACUAUGAAGCAAAUGUAUUCUGAUCAAUUGGUUCCAUAAACACCUCAAUUUCAAGAUUGCUGAAUACAAUAAUUGAGCUGAAGUGGUACA